AAGUCACUUGGGAGAAAAUGCUGAUCCCUGGGCCCUCCCUUAAGAUGGCAGAAGGCAGGCAGGGCUGGCAGAGCAGGUGCGCUUCAUCUUUCUCCAGGGAGCAGCUCUGGGAAGUGCCAGAGGAUUCGCUGCCAGCAGGGACUGAGGCUUGGGGCUGGCAGCAACUCUGCUGGCUCUGAAGGAUAGGGCCCAGGGCGAGCUUGGCUCAGGUGCUCUCUCCCCACAGGGCCUCGCCAUGGUGUGCAGGCCAGGGUGGCUGCUGCUGUACAGCGUGGUGGUGCUGCUGCUCGGCUGCCUGCUCUUUCUGAAGAAGGCGGCCAUACCAUCAGGAACCCCUGCAGUCCACCAGCCUUUCUCGGCCUCGCCAUGGCCCCAUCGCAGCCAGUGCCUACCCAACCUCUCAGUGGCUAAUGCCUCCCUGUCCCUGCCCAGCCGUCACCGCCUCUUUUUGACCUAUCGACACUGCAGAAAUUUCUCCACCUUGCUGGAGCCUUCUGCCUGUGCCAAGGACACCUUCCUGCUCCUAGCCAUCAAGUCACAGCCUGGUCACGUGGAGCAGCGUGCAGCUAUCCGAGGCACGUGGGGCCACGCGGGGAGCUGGGCCCAGGGCCGGAAGCUGAAGCUGGUGUUUCUCCUGGGGGUGGCAGGACCGACACCCCCAGCCCAGCUGUUGGCCUAUGAGAGCUGGCAGUUUGAUGACAUCCUACAGUGGGACUUCACUGAGGACUUUUUCAACCUGACGCUCAAGGAGCUGCAUUUCCAGCGAUGGGUGGCAGCUGCCUGUCCCCAUGCCUACUUUACACUGAAGGGGGAUGAUGAUGUCUUUGUUCAUGUCCCCAACGUGCUGGAGUUCCUGGAUGGCUGGGACCCAGCCCAGGACCUCCUGGUGGGUGAUGUCAUUCGCCAGGCCCUGCCCAACAGGAACAUCAGAGUCAAAUACUUCAUUCCGCCCUCCAUGUACAGGGCCCGCCACUACCCGCCCUAUGCGGGGGGUGGAGGCUAUGUCAUGUCCAAAGCCACCAUGGGGCACCUCCACACAGCUGCAGAGGAGGCUGAACUCUUCCCCAUUGAUGACGUCUUUGUGGGAAUGUGUCUGACAAAGCUGGGUGUGAACCCCACCCACCAUGCUGGCUUCAAGACAUUUGGAAUCCGGCAGCCCCUGGAUCCCUGCCUGUACAGAGGGCUCCUGCUGGUGCACCGCUUCAGCCCACUGGAGAUGUGGACCAUGUGGGCACUGGUGACAGAUGAGGGGCUCAAGUGUGCAGCUGUUCCCAAGUCCCAGUUCUGAAGGGUAGGUUGAGCAACAAGCUUAGGAUGAACAAAAUGGGAACACUUGAAAUUCCUUGGGAAAUGCU